GGCGUGCGCAACGCAACUCUGCUUAAGCUUCCAUGGCCAAGACGCAGCUCCUCCUUUUAGAGUUAUUGGAAAUAGUAGCAGUAACAACACUCUUCUUUGUUGCCCAGUCCUCAUCUUCUGGAGACACAAUGAUCCAGAACAUUUCACUUGUCCAUGGCCAGACCUUGACAGCGUCAGGAGAGUUGUUCCAACUAGGCUUCUUCAGUCUAGAUGAUAGUUCAGUGAAGGGAUACUUAGGAAUCUGGUACUGCAAUCUCACACCGCAAGAAGGCACUGUAAUAUGGAUCGCCAAUAGAAACAAGUCUGUCAACACAUCCAUGGCAUCAUUCACCCUCACUUCUGAAGGAAGUCUAAUCUUAUUUGAGGAUGAUAGAAUAGUUUGGUCGACGGGAACGAGAUCCACAGGACUCAAUUCUGCACGCUUGCAGCUUUUAGAUUCUGGAAACCUCGUUCUGAACGACAGCAACUCGAUUAUAUGGCAGAGCUUCGAUCACCCAAGCGACAGCCAGACGUAUCUCCCUGGCAUGAAGUUCGGAUUUGUCAAACGGACCAAAACGUCACGGCGGCAGGUGUCAUGGAAAAACUCCACAGAUCCUUCUCCGGGAGACUACAUCCAAAUGAUUCGUGCUCAACCUAUACCGGAUUUGAUCACGUUGAACGGAUCCACCAAAUACCAUCGCGGCGGCCUAUGGAACGAAUAUGCAUUCAUCAGCCUUCCAUCGAAGGCGAGCUCAGUAAGGCCCAUGUUUGUUACCAGUGAGAAUGAGACCUACAUUCUUGUUAGUUACAUGGUCUCGCCGACGCCGGUGCUGUUACGGUACGUGUUGUGCGCCAAUGGAUCCGUCCAGGCUUGGUUUCUUGAGAGGGGUGGCAAGGGAGAGUGGCAACUUCUGUGGUCGGUUCCAGAGGACGAGUGUGAUGAUUACAAUCGCUGCGGCCGCAACAGCGUGUGCACCUGGAACUACUAUGCCGUCAACUGCGAUUGCAUGGAGGGGUUCAUAAAGAUUGCGGAGAGCGAAAGCGAGGCCGGGUGCCAGAAGGAGAAGCCUUUGAAUUGCUUGUCGAACCAGUUUUCAAAGGUUCAGAACUUGAAGAUGCCAGACCCUGAGAACGCUACAGCACGAGGAAACAUGAGUCUCGAUGAGUGCAAGAAUAGGUGCUUGAAGGAUUGCUCCUGCGUGGCGUAUGCGGUGAUCAGUGGAUUUUAUGGAUGCGUAACUUGGCCGGGUGAUCUGUUGGAUCUCAGGACUUAUGUCUCUGGAGGAGAUGACUUAUACAUUCGACUGGCAGAAUCAUCCACAAAGAAGCACGCGUGGGCAGCAAUUGUCAUUCCGCUGUUACUGGGAUUUUUUCUUCUAUGUUGUGUUGGCAUAGUCGUUUGGAGGAAGAGAAACAGAGCGUCGACCGGAUUGCUAUUACAGUUGCCAAAUGUAGAGGAAGGUGACUCGAUGACUCGUGAUGAUGUAUCAGAGUCCAAGUUGGUCUCGAUCGACUCAGAAGAUUCUCGUCUGCAUAAUACUGAUAAAGGAGUAGGUAUGAUCAACACAUUGGGGUUUCUACCUUCCUACGAUUUGGGGACAAUAAAAACUGCAACAAAUAAUUUCUCUGACGGAAACAAACUGGGAGAAGGUGGAUUUGGUGUUGUUUACAUGGGUCAAUUGGAAGAUGGAAAAAAGAUUGCUGUCAAGAAAUUGUCAAGAAACUCCUCACAAGGCCCGAAUGAGUUCCAAAAUGAACUAUCACUCAUAGCCAAGUUACAACAUAGAAACCUUGUUCGCCUUUUGGGUUGUUGUAUCGAAGACACCGAGAGAAUUAUCAUUCUUGAAUAUAUGGAAAACAAGAGCUUAGACGCCUUCAUUUACGAUAAAACAAAAAGUUCUUUGCUAAAUUGGCAAAAACGUCUUAAGAUUAUAAUUGGGAUUGCACGAGGACUUUUGUAUCUUCAUCAAGACUCUAUCUUGAGAGUCAUUCAUCGUGAUCUUAAGCCGAGUAAUAUCCUUCUUGAUAAGGACAUGAUUCCAAAGAUUUCAGAUUUUGGCAUUGCAAGAAUAUUUGAAGGAGAUAGAGCUCUUGAGGAUGGAACCACUAGACCUAUUGGAACAUUGGGAUAUAUGGCCCCUGAGUACUCAUUAUACGGACAAUUCUCAUUUAAGUCAGACGUAUUUAGUUUUGGUGUGAUCGUACUAGAAAUCUUGAGCGGCAAGAGGAAUCGGACAUUCGGUCAAACAAAUUUCAAUUUAAACCUUUUACAGCAUGUUUAUAAACUUUGGAAGGAAGGUAGAUCCUUAGAGAUUCUUGAUGAUGCAGUAGGUUGCUCAUGUCCAACAAUCGAAAUCUUACGUUGCAUUCGAAUGGCUCUUUUGUGUGUACAAGAUAAUCAUGAAGACAGGCCAACAAUGACAGAGGUGGUGAUGAUGUUAGAAAGUGAUGAGCAACUUCUAACUCCACUCAAGCAACCUACAUUAAUAUCAACAUAUAGUGAAGGAGAUUGCUCUACUAAAGAAAUGAGUAUCACAAUCACAGGUCGAUGAAUUGGGAAAUGUGUGUCAUUCACUUGUUUGAAUAUUAUUUUACUGUAAACUAAUACUUUAAUAUUCUAAGUUUAAAUAAAUUAUAAUUAAAUCAUGUAGAACUUCCAAAAAAAUACUAUUGGUUGAAUUUGAACAUGUUCUAUA